AUCGUUGGCGCUGUCAGGAUUCUGUCAGUGAGGCACUAAUCUUGUCAUUGCGCAACUGUGCCGUCUAGGCGGCGACAGUAUAAGAGAUACAGAGGCCAUCGAUGUUGAGAGGGCAUCAAGCUUGACGCUGACACUCACUUUCACACGCUCUUUAGCAUUACACUCACUUUCGAUCCAUUCGUCUAUCAUUCAUUCGUUUCCAUUCUAUCUUUGAAGAUACGCUCAACCUUUUCAAACCAACCAACCAACCAACCAACACACCAACCGCAAACAUGUUCACCAAGACUGCUAUCAUCCUGGCUGCUGCCAACCUCGCCGCUGCGCACACCACCUUCCAGAGCUUCGUCAUUGACGGCAAGGACCAGGGCCAGCACUUCGCUGUCCAGACUCCUUCCAACGGCAACAACCCCAUCCUCGAUGUUACCUCCACUGCCAUGAUCUGCAACGGUGGCAAGGCCACUUCCGACCAGGUCGAGGUUGCCGCUGGCUCCAAGAUCGGUAUGCAAUGGCACCACAACGACCCCGCCUCCUCCGGUGACGGUGAUGACCCGAUCGCUCCCUCCCACAAGGGACCCGUCAUGGUCUACAUCGCCAAGGCCGACACCAACGGUGAGGGCGCCGUCUGGACCAAGAUCUACGAGGACGGUCUUACCGGCUCCAAGUGGGGUGUUGACAACCUCAUCUCCUCCAAGGGUCUCUUGGAGAUUGACCUCCCCAACCUUGAGGCUGGUGACUACCUCAUCCGCCCCGAGAUGAUUGGUCUCCACGAGGCCAGCGCCCAGGGCAAGGCCCAGUUCUACAACGGCUGUGGUCAAAUCAAGGUCACUGGCAGCGGCUCUGCUGCUCUCCCCGCCACUGGUGUCGACAUGACCAAGGCUUACAAGGCCACCGACCCGGGUGUCAUGUUCAACAUAUACGGUGGUGCCACCGACUACACUGUCCCCGGCCCCAAGGUAUGGGACGCCGCCACCGCCGGCAGCGCUCCCUCCACCCCCUCCAAGCCCGUCGAGUCGGCUGCUCCCUCCACUCCUGCCUCCAGCGCCGCUCCUUCCGCCACUCCCUCUCCCGUCGAGUCGGCCAAGCCCGCCGCUCCCUCUGCCACCAAGCCCGCUGCCACCUCCGCUCCUUCCACCGGCAACGGCUCUGCUCUCCCCGAGACCUUCACCAUUGAGCAGUUCAUCCAGUGGCUCAAGACCGCCACUGGCAGCUCUGCCUCCAAGGCUCGCCGCCACGCCCGCGCUUUCAACUUGUAAGCGCUCCUUACAACGGUCGCAAGUCGAUCUUUCUUGCAUGAACUGGUGUUCAUGGUUGGUCCUUUUGAGACGUAUCUUCUUUGAUGGGACGCCCCCAUACCUUUCUUCUUUAGACCGCGAGAUCGGCUAUCUCUUCUUUUGAUGUAAAUAUAGCAUUCACGACGAAUGGAAUUCGAAAAGUCUUUGUA